AUGGCAUGGCGCUUUCAAGCCUCAAAAUUCAAAAAUACCACACCACACAUUCCCAAAAGAGAGGAAACUAUCUUUGACGUUCCUGUUGGCAAUCUUUCAUGUACAAAUAAUGGAAUUCAAGCUAGCGCGAGUUACUUAGCAUUUCUUGUGGAGGGUGAAGGUGGUAAGCUUGGGCUUUUACCAAUAGGAGCAAAAGGAAGACGGACUCGAAAAGACAUGUCCAUAGCUUGUGCUCAUGGGGAACAGGUAGAUGACUUUUGCUUUAUGACCUUCAAUGAUGAUCUCUUGUUAACCUGUAGCCGAGAUGAUAAUGUCAAAGUUUGGCGUUUAUUGGCGUUGAAUGGCUUUGAGGAUAAAGGUCAGUCCAUCGAUUGGAGCGAAGAUGGAAAACUUCUGGCAAUUAGCGCUGACAAGGGUCGUCAGGUGUACGUUUAUGACGUUAGGAGUGGUUCUUCACCGGUACACAACAUGGCUGUACAUCAAGGAAUGGGGCGCGAAUCGCGUGUUCUUUUCUGUGGCGAUCGCCUCCUUUCCAGUGGUUUUACGAAU